AUGGAGCUGGGUACGCAUGGGGUGGCCGGGUACCUAUACCCCGUGGACUUCGAUAGCUGGGCCAAUGUAUACGGAGCCCGGGGCUGGUCCUACAAUGAGAUAUUACCCUAUUUUCUAAGGUCUGAAAAUAAUACCGACCCCAUGAUUGUGGCCCAAAACGCCGGCUUUCACUCGACCACUGGCCGUAUGCUACACGUGACAAUGGCUGCGAAUACGAGUACUACCGGCGCCUCCAACUCCAAGUUCCCGCUAAACAUAUGCACCGAUGAGGUGGUGAUCAGCGGUAUUAGCGGUCGGUUCCCGGAGUCCGACUCAAUGGACGAGUUUCGCGAUAAUCUCUACAAUAAUGUCGAUAUGAUUAGCGGCGAUGAUAGGCGAUGGCCUACAGACCUAUACGGUAUGAGUCCACGUAUGGGUAAACUGAAAGAGUUGGACAAAUUGGACACAAGUUUUUUCGGUAUCGUUCCCAAAGUGGCCGAUGAGGUGGACCCGGCCGGGCGUAUACUACUGGAGACUACCUAUGAGGCCAUAUGCGAUGCCGGCAUAAAUCCACAAACAUUACGGGGCAGUAAUACCGGUGUAUACGUUGGCUAUACAUCCGUUACUAUGCCGGACGGUGUGCCCCAAGAGGUUCAGGAGGACAUACAGGCGUCCAAAACGGAGUCCCUGUUUUGGUUUCAGGGCAGUAGUAAAGCCUUUUACGCCAAUCGCCUGUCCUUUAUGUUUGACUUUCACGGGCCCAGUAUGUCGAUAGACGUGGCCUGCGCUGCCUCUAUGGUGGCCCUGGAUAUUGCCGUAACAGAUAUAAGGCUUGGAAAAUGUGACCAGGCUAUUGUAGCCGGAGUGGCAGUUAACCUGAAUCCGUUCACAAAUCAUAUUUAUCAAGUUAAUGGUAUAGGAUCUAAAGAGGGUAUGUCGCGCGUAUGGGACCAGGAUGCAAACGGUUACGUACGCGGCGAAACGGUAGCUUCAUUAUUUUUACAAAAAGCACCAGGUGCAAAACGCAUAUACGCCACCGUGCUACAUUCGCGUACAAACAUCGAUGGCUAUAAACAAGCAGGCAUGUUUUUCCCGUCAUCCGAGAGUCAGUACGACUUAAUGGUUACCACCUAUCGGGAGGCGGGUGUUAACCCCCACGACGUCAACUACUUUGAAGCUCACGGCACCGGUACUAAGGUCGGUGACCCCCAGGAGGCCAAAGCUAUUUUAGACGCCUAUUGCAAGGAUAGGACCACCAGUUUACCAGUAGGCCUAUUGAAAAGUAGCAUAGGUCAUGGUGAGGGUGCUUCCGGAGUGGCAUCCCUGGCCAAGUUGCUCAUUGUGUACGAGAAUAAACGUAUCCCGGCUAAUUUGAAUAUGAAAACGCUCAAGUCCGAUAUCGCCACUAUGUGCCCGCCAUUGGUACCUGUGACUCAAAAUAGAGACUAUGAGCCUGGUGUCAACUCGUUUGGAAUCGGUGGUGUCAACUGUCACUCGCUGAUGAAGCCCGGGGGUCGGCAGCCCUCACCGGACAACCACCUCAUAUGCGACCCAAUCCCUCGGUUGGUGACCGUAUGCGGCCGUACAGAGGAGGCCGUCCAACACGUCUACCAAUUCAUCGAACAAAACCCGCACCGAAUCACACGUGACUUUCUGGGACUACUCGGCCACACUGUCAACCCUACCCAAGCCAUAUACUCAGCGGGCUUUCCAUACCGGGGCUCUAUGUUAAUCAAAAAUGGCGGUGCCAAUGGUGGUUUAUCGUACAGUAGACAAGUGACCAAGCUCGAAAAUCAGAAGCACCGGCCUAUUUGCUACUUUUUCUCGGGUAUGGGCAGUCAGUGGACGGCUAUGGCUAAGAGUCUGAUGGAUAUUCAGGUGUUCGCGGAGUCCAUACACUCGGCGGCGGAUAUAUUGAAACCGUUUUCCAUAGACUUGUUGUAUGUGUUGCUGAGCGACGACCCCAAGGCGUUGGACGAAAAGAUUCACCAUUUCGUGGCCAUCACGUCGAUGCAGGUGGCUUUAGUGGACGUAUUUACAGCCCUCGGUAUAACCCCUGAUCACGUGAUCGGCCAUUCAUUCGGUGAGAUCGCCUGUGGCUAUGCGGACGGGUGUCUCACACGGGAACAGGCGGUCAUCACGUCGUACUGGAGGGGGAAAGCAAUCAAAGACGCCAACGUAGCCCACGGUAUGAUGGCUGCCGUAGGCCUAACCUGGGAGCAGACCAAAGCCCGGUGCCCUCCGGGGGUAUACACGGCGUGCCAUAACUCACAGGACUCGGUCACCAUAUCCGGCGCCUAUAAGGACGUGGAGAAGUGUGUUGAGGCACUGGUAGCCGAGAAUAUAUUCGCCCGGGAGGUCCAGUGCGCAAACAUACCGUUCCACUCACCCUUACUUGAACCGGCUACAAAAGGUAUGACGGAUGCCCUGACACGAGUGCUAACUAACCCGAAACCGCGUUCAUCAAAAUGGAUCUCGACGUCUGUGCCCCGGGAGGGUUGGGACAGCCAGUCAGCAAAAUAUGCAUCGGCGGAGUACUUCGUGAACAACCUAAUAUCUCCUGUACUGUUCCACGACUCCAGUUCCCUCAUACCUGCCGAUGCAAUAAUAAUUGAGCUAGCACCACACGCCCUAUUCUCAGCUAUUUUCAAACGCUCAAAUAGACAUGAAUAUUAA